CCGUCCUCAAGACCCACAAAAAUGAGUCAUCGUAAGUACGAAGCUCCCCGACACGGCUCGCUUGGUUUCCUCCCAAGAAAGCGUGCCGCUCGUCACCGCGGAAAGGUCAAGGCCUUCCCCAAGGAUGACCCCAAGAAGCCCGUCCAUUUGACGGCCAUGAUGGGCUACAAGGCUGGCAUGACCCAUGUUGUUCGUGAUCUUGACCGACCCGGAUCCAAAUUCCACAAGCGAGAGGUUGUCGAAGCUGUUACCAUUAUCGAGACACCUCCUAUGAUCGCCGUUGGACUCGUCGGCUAUGUCGAGACCCCUCGCGGCCUCCGCACCCUCACCACCGUUUGGGCCAACCACCUUUCUGACGAAGUCAAGCGCCGAUUCUACAAGAACUGGUACCGAUCCAAGAAGAAGGCCUUCACCCGCUACGCCAAGAAGAACGCUGAGGAUGGUGGCAAGUCCGUCCAACGUGAGCUCGAGCGCAUCCGCAAAUACUGCUCUGUCGUCCGUGUCCUCGCCCAUACUCAAAUCCGCAAGACUGGUCUGGCCCAGAAGAAGGCUCACCUCAUGGAGAUCCAGAUCAAUGGUGGAUCUGUCGCUGACAAGGUCGACUUCGGUUACAAACUCUUCGAAAAGCCCAUUGAGGUUUCUUCCGUCUUCGAGCAAGACGAGAACGUCGAUGUCAUUGCUGUCACCAAGGGUCACGGCUUCGAGGGUGUCACCCACCGAUGGGGAACCAAGAAGCUUCCUCGCAAGACUCACAAGGGUCUCCGCAAGGUUGCUUGUAUCGGUGCAUGGCAUCCUUCCAACGUCAUGUUCUCCGUUGCCCGUGCUGGUCAAAACGGCUACCACCACCGAACGGAGAUCAACAAGAAGAUCUACCGCAUUGGUCUCGGUAGCGACGACGGCAACGCCUCCACCGAAUCUGACAUCACCAAGAAGGUCAUCACUCCUCUCGGUGGCUUCCCCCACUACGGUGUCGUCAAGAACGACUUCCUCUUGGUGAAGGGCUCCAUUCCUGGAACCAAGAAGCGUGUCAUCACGAUCCGCAAGUCGUUGAUGGUUCACACCUCUCGUCGGGACUUGGAGAAGGUCACUCUCAAGUUCAUCGACACCUCUUCGAAAUUCGGCCACGGUUCCUUCCAGACUGUCCAGGAAAAGCACGCGUUCUUGGGAACGCUCAAGUCUCGCGCUUGAUCAUCUUUUUACGCUUUCCCUUUUCAUCAUGUCAUAUGCUAGGCCCCGUUAUAUGUGUUUUUUCAUGCCACCCAAAAAUACAAUACUUCCAAAAAC